AUUUGGAUUUUAGAUCUGGAUCUAUGAAGCAAUACUUGCUGGUUUCUUAACUGUUUAAUAUGUGGAACAUGGUUUGCUAUCUCCUCCAAAAGCUUCAAACGAUCUUUUUCACUUUCUCUGUUAAUUUUUCUUUUUCAUGUUUUAUCAUCCUUAGCCUUUCUCCGAGAAUUUCAAUCUCAUUGUCAAUCUUUAACUUUUCAUUAUGAACUGCACAUGAAGAAUCACUUCCAGAAUCAGAAGGCAAAGUUUUGCAUAUUGAGUUAGAGAACAUAGAUAACUGACUAGCAAAUCAGCAAGUAUUGCAUUGCAGAUCUGGAAUGGCUUUGGUUUUUUAUACUACCAAAUAAGUUUUAUACUAGCUAAAAAGUCUUGUAAAACAUAGCCUUAGGAUUUGAACCGGUCGGUUGUGAAACUUAUCUUAAGCUUUAAUUAUGCUAUUUUAGGUAAGCUUUAUAUAUAGUUAGUUGUGUUUUUAUGUGAUUUUAAUGAUUACUUUUGUAUAAAUUAAAACACCUAUGUACUUGAACUAAUUUUUUCAUAAAUUUUUUAUUUUGCUGAUAUCAGAAUAUUGAUUUUAUAUAUAUUUAAGACUAUUUUGGCCCCUUCAAUAUUUUUGGUGAAGUUCCGCCACUGCUCACUACUAAGCCCCUCACCUCUUUCUCUCGCUAGGUCAAGCACGCACACACACGCACCAGCCACCAGUGCACCACCGGCCACCACCACACCGCUCAGCCAACAGUGCACCACCGACCACCACCACGGCACCACCAGUGGGUUACCAUUUGGACAUGAAGACUUUGCUGUCACUGCUCUCAUUGGUUUUGCACUGCUUUGGAAUGUGAUGAAUCCUGUUUGGGCACUAGCUGCGGAAAUUUUUCACACUGUCAUAUCUCAUUGCAGAAAGAUAGGCAGUGCAGCAGCUUAUUUGUAGGCAGACAUCUUCUCAGCUAGACGUUAUUUUGUUCUCUUGGCUUCUUCAGUUCUUGUUAUUACCUGGCUCAAUUUAAGGUUUGUUGUUUAUUGAGAGAGCUAAUAAACUGUGUGAAUGGUCUAUGCACGAGAAAGUGGCCAAAAAAAUUGAAAUGACCUGUUUUUCUCAGUUUCUUAAGGUUAAAGAGUGCUUUUCCAAAGGUAACUUUCAUUUACCAUUGGGUCCCCUAGAAGCCCUCUUGGAGGUUUAUGAUAAAGAAAAAUGUUGCUUUCGACUUGGAAAAGAGGUUAAGGAUUUUCUUUUAGAUAUGGGAUUAGAGGAUAUCUACUUCAUCACUGGACUUCCCAUAGAUGGGAUCCAGGUGUCUGGUUAUGUUACUUAUGAGGCUGUGGACUUAGUCAUGAAGCAUUUAAAUUUGAAGGAUUAUCAAGCAAGAGAUUUGCUCAUAAAAGGUUCAGGCAAUGGUGCAAUCAAUGUAAAUAAGUUGCCUUUAUACUUUAAGGAAUUGCCCAGUGCUGCUUCUGAUUCUGAUGUGGAGGCCCAUGCAAAAGCUUUCAUUAUGUACCUGUUAGGAACAACACUUCUUCCCAAUCGGAAAGGGACUAUUAUGCCAGACUUUUUGGAGCUCUUAGAUUUACAAAAAAUUAAUAAAUAUGUUUGGGGAGCAGCUGUUCUUGCACACAUAAAAAAUGUUUUGGGCAAUGGCAAAAAAAGUAUUUGUUGUUUCACAUGUGGCUUGAUAGUAUUUGCAUUAGAGCGGUUCCCCUUCAUAAAGAACGCAUUUGUUUUACCACCUAUACAACCCCUGUUUUUGACCUGGAUAGAUGUGGUGUACACAAACUUCAAAAACAAACACACAAAAACAAAAGUGGAAGAUUACAUUAAAUUGUUUUCCCGGAUGAAGGAGGAGGAUGUAACUUUCAUUUUAAUUUUUAUUAACCUUAUUAUCAUUAUCGGUUCCAUAUUAUCUAACAUAGUCAAUUUUUAUGUUUGCAAGGUUACUUGGAACCCAUAUGAGAGGCUGGCGCUCUCUCAGGAUGAUGUGAAUCAGUUGCGUGCGAAGUAUGCCAUGGUGCCUAUCAUUUGCUAUCAAACUGUUUGUUUGAAUCGUCCCGACAUAUGCUUUAAACAACUUGGUUUGGAGGUUGUCAAUGUUUUUGCUAUUCCAAAGAUGAAAGUUGUUCAGCCAAGCAAACACAAAGAUAUUGAUUGGCGUUUAUAUGAGGGUCAUGGGAAGACAUAUAAUUAUCCAGAGUUAAAUGGUAUGUGGACAAAUAGGUUUUCCUACCUUGUCACAAAUCUUCCCAAUGGGUCCUCUGAAAGCAGCAGCAGCAUUGAUGUUGAUACACCUCUUAUUAAAUAUAGGAAGACUGAUAUAAACAGGAAGAGGAAGAGACCUGAAUAUGAAUAUCAGGUUGUUCAAUGUGAGAUUUGUUUGCUUCAAGUUGUUCUCUCAUUUUUUUUUUUAUAUGUUUAACCACAAUUCUUGUAUGUGCAGUUGAAGAAGAAACUUCUUAUUCUUGAUAUAAAUGGGGUCCUUGCAGACGUAGUAUUUGACUAUGAAUCUAAUCCUAGAAGAUUUUGACCAGAAGAAACAUUCAUCAUUGUUUAGAUUCAUAGUCAAAACUAUGAUUGAAAUGUUUAAUUGAAAUGUUUAUCAUUUCAUUUAUUAUUUAAUUGAAAUGUUUCGUCUGGUCGAAAUCUUCUAUGAUUAGAUUCAUAGUCAAAUACUACGUCUGCAAGGACCUCAUUUAUAUCAAGAAUAAGAAGUUUCUUCUUCAACUGCACAUACAAGAAUUGUGGUUAAACAUAUAAAAUAAAAAAAUGAGAGAACAACUUGAAGCAAACAAAUCUCACAUUGAACAACCUGAUAUUCAUAUCCAGGUCUCUUCCUCUUCCUGUUUAUAUCAGUCUUCCUAUAUUUAAUAAGAGGUGUAUCAACAUCAAUGCUGCUGCUGCUUUCAAAGGACCCAUUGGGAAGAUUUGUGACAAGGUAAGAAAACCUAUUUUUCCACAUACCAUUUAACUCUGGAUAAUUAUAUGUCUUCCCUUGACCCUCAUAUAAACGCCAAUCAAUAUCUUUGUGUUUGCUAGGCUGAACAACUUUCAUAUUUGGAAUAGCAAAAACAUUGACAACCUCCAAACUGAGUUGUUUAAAGCAUAUGUCGGGACGAUUCAAACUAACAGUUUGGUAGCAAAUGAUAAGCACCAUGGCAUACUUCGCACGCAACUGAUUCACAUCAUCCUGAGAGAGCGCCAGCCUCUCAUAUGGGUUCCAAGUAACCUUGCAAACAUAAAAAUUGACUAUGUUAGAUAAUAUGGAACAGAUAAUGAUAAUAAGGUUAAUAAAAAUUAAAAUGAAAGUUACAUCCUCC